AUGACUCCUCGCAAAGUCGCAGAGUAUGGAACGUUCAAGAGUCCCAUUGAGCCGCAAUGCUUUGCAGCUCCAGGGUCCGUUGUGUUGAAUCAACUAUGUGUCAAUCGCGACAAUGGUAAAAUCUAUCUCCUUGAGGUACGGCCAGACGAGGGAGGGAGAGGCGUCAUCGUCGAGCACUACAACGGACAGAAGAGAGACGUCCUUCCCAAGCAAUACAACUGCUUGUCCCAGGUGCAUGAAUAUGGCGGUGCCUCCUUUGUCUUUAAUGAGUCUACAGGCCAUAUCAUCUUCACGGAUUGGGAGACCAAGGGUGUCUUCGGUCUCGACCCUGAAGCAGGCGAAACCAUCCCUAUCCUGAAAGCAGAUCCCAAGGUAUACUACGCCGACUUUGCUAUCCAUCCUCACCAUUCUCAAUACACCGUGGCCAUUAAAGAAGACCAUCAUGCAUCCAAGAUUGCAGACAUACAAAAUUCUCUUGUGGUCAUUGACUCGUCCACAAACGAGGUUCGGCCCCUUGUCACUGGUUCCGACUUUUACACAUAUCCGAGAUUCAGUCCUGACGGGACGAAGAUAUGUUGGAUACAAUGGAAUCAUCCCAACAUGCCUUGGGAUAACACAGAACUAUGGCUCGCUGAUUGGGAAGAUGGCAAGGCCAAGAGCCCUAAAUGCAUUGUUGGCCAGCAGACCAAGGCCAGCAUAACCCAGCCACGCUGGGGUGAUGAUGGUGUGCUCUACUUUGUCUCGGAUCAGACUGAUUUCUGGCAACUAUAUUCGUUCUCCAAUGGUGAAGUACAACAACUCAUAUUGGCGGGCCUAGAGGACGCGGAAUUUGGAUUUGCGGAUUGGUUUCUGGGAGGCUCUUCCUAUUGCCUCUUGGACCCUUCCACUAUGGUGGCCGUCUUCAACUAUCAGGGCCGCUGUACCACCAUUCUCGCAGAUACGCGAACACUUGAAUGGAGAGAUCUCAGCUGCACUAUUGUCGAGAUCAUGCUUGAUGCCCUGAAGCCAGUAUCUGACACCUCCUUCGCUAUCAUAGGAGCAACUCCUACCAUUCCGAUGCUGGCUACAGUGAUUGAUAUCAACGAACAAGGACUUGGAACAAUCUUGCAAAAGUCGACCCAAACAUCCCUUCCAGAAGAUUAUGUCUCCCUUCCACAGGCUAUUACCUUCCCGCGCAUACACGGUCCCGGCGGUGGUAAUGCAUAUGGUCUCUUCUAUCCUCCGAAGAAUCCACAAUACGAAGCUCCAGCUGGCACGCUUCCGCCCCUCAUCGUCGCGGUCCACGGAGGUCCAACAUUCCAGGAAGGACCAGGAUUUUCACUUCGCGACCAGGCACUUACGACUAGGGGCUACGCGCUGGUGCAAGUUAACCAUGUCGGAAGCACUGGCUAUGGGCGUCCAUACCGCAACCUGCUCGCCGGGCAGUGGGGGGUUAGCGACAUCGCAGAUGCCGUUUCUGCCGUUGAGUACCUAGCUCAGCAAGGGCUUGUUGACAAAUCACGGGUGGGAAUCACGGGUCAUUCUGCAGGCGGCUAUGCAACGAUGCAGGCUUUGGCCAAAUACCCUUCGGUGUGGGCUUGCGGAGUAGCCGAGAGUGGAAUAUCGGAUAUGAAGCUCCUUGUUGAGGAGACGCACAAGUUUGAAUCCCAAUAUCUGUCGCCAUUAUGCUACCCUCCUGGCACCUCGCCCGCCGAGCAAGAAGCUAUCUUGAAAGACAGGAGUCCUCUAACUCACGCUUCGGAAAUUAAGAGCCCGCUGCUGAUUAUCAGUGGAGCAGAUGAUGCUAUUGUACCGCCAAAUCAAGCAUACAAUUUAGCCAAGAUCGUCAAGGAGGCAGGCGCAGCGGUUGAUAUCAAAGUCUACGAUGGCGAGGGACAUAUAUUCAAUAAGGGGAGCACGCUGAGUGAUAUCGAGCGGAGACGGUAUGAGUGGUUCGCGAAGUAUUUGACUAGGGCAACUUCAUCGUAG